AUGCCACUCAUCAAGAAGAAAACCCUGCAAAGUGCUGCAGAUAAGAAGGAUGAAAAUGUUAAACAUAAAUCAAAUAGUAAAAUGAUUCCGAAAAUUCAUGAUAGUGAUGAUGAAGUACCAGAGAUGAGUCAAUCAACAAAGGCCAAGUUAGCUGUUGCCGAACUUGCCAAGCAGGAAUUAAAGAAAGAAUCAGCAAAGAACAAGAAGAUACAAAAGAUUGCUAAAAAAUCAAACAAACGAAAAGUGGAAGAAGUUGAUGAGCAAUCGGAUAAUAAGAAACAAAAGAAACUUCUCGAUGUAUCUGUGUUGGACUUUUUGGUGGAAGAAGACAAUAAGAAGAAUGAACCUAUCCAAAACGAAAAACCACAAAUACAAGCAACUUUAGAAACAGCCGCACCAACAAAAUCGAGGUCGAAACGUUUUGUUGAAUUGGGAUUGGAGGCAAGAAUUGCUAAAGAAAAGGUUGACCCAUUUACAGUCAAGACAGAAGUAGACCCAUCUGUGUUACAAUUUUUACAUUUAGAAUUCUACAAGAAGAAUCACAGAAAGGAUACUGCCAAAUUUUUGGAUGCAAAGAGAAGUACUAUUGUUCCAGCCUCUGACUUUUUUGGAGAACAAAAAUGGCCAAUAGAUCAAGUAUUCUUAAACCCUUACGAUUUUUAA